AGACUGGUGACUCGGUCUAGGCCCGAAUCGGCAGCUUUCCUGCUCUUCUUCUUCUGUUGUGUUCAUCCAGCUUCACACUUUAUUAUCUUGGAUUCUCCAGCAUCUGCAGUUCCCAUUAUCUCCCUCCUCCUCCUCAGAGGGGAACAGUUUGCCGUACAGAUGAUGGACGGUUGAAGCGACCAAUCAAUGCUGUGAUACGAAAUCAACAUGGACGCCCGUCCAAUCGGUAGAUCGGUGUGACUAGGAUUGACGGUUACGUCUGCCAAUCGGAGGCGGUGCUUCUCCCAUUCGUGCAUGGGGGCGGGCCUGCGCUUUGCUGCCAUUGGAGUUCGCGUGACAACAGUGCUGCGGACCAAUCAGAUGAGGCGCUUGGGGUCUGAGGGGUGGGGCUCUGGUGAGAUUUGAAUCGGGCGGCGGUUGGGACGAGCGAGCGAACUCGUUCUGGCCGGCACGAGGAGAAUUAAAAACAAACAGAUGCAGUCGAAGACGUCCAGCUUUCCUCCACCUCCUGCAGACGUCCAGUCCUCCAGGAAGGUGGCUGGUCCACACCAUCGCCGCCAGGUGCAGGUGGUGGUCCGCCUCCGGCCGUACCAGGCCACCGAGGAUGACCAGCAGCAGGGCCCCUGUGUGCGUGGCCUGGACACCCGCUCGCUGGAGAUCGUGAACUGGAGGAGUCGUAUGGAGACCAUGCAGUACAAUUUUGAUGCAUUUUACAGUGAUGACGCAUCACAACAGGAGAUCUAUGUGCACUCGGUGAAACCGAUCCUGUCGCAUAUCCUGAAUGGACAGAAUGCCAGUGUCUUUGCCUACGGCCCUACAGGAGCAGGCAAGACCCACACGAUGCUGGGCAGUGCCAAGCAGCCUGGGGUGGUGCCUCGUUCCCUGCUGGACAUAUUUCGCAUGGUGCGGGAGCAGAGGGACCAGCUGGGUGGGCCCUCCUGGAGUUUUUCUGUCACAAUGUCCUACCUGGAGAUCUACCAGGAAAAGGUGUUGGAUCUGCUGGAGACCAAGCACCAGGAUUUGCCUAUCCGAGAGGACCAAGACAAGAACAUUUUCAUUCCCAAACUGACGGAGCAACCGAUCACCAGCUUCGUGGAGUUUGAGCAGUUCUUCCUGCCUGCCACACAAAGACGGACCACGGCCCGCACCAAACUGAAUUGUCGUUCCAGUCGCAGUCACUCUGUGCUACUGAUCAAGGUGGUGAAAUUGCAGCGAGAGGCUCCGUUCCGACAGCUGACAGGGAAACUCUACCUCAUCGACCUGGCAGGAUCCAAGGAUAAUCGCAAGACCGGGAAUGAAGGUGUCAGGCUAAAGGAGAGUGGAGCCAUUAACACCUCCCUGUUUGUGUUGAGCAAAGUGGUGGAUGCACUAAACCAGGGCUUGUGCAGGAUUCCCUACAGGGACAGCAAGCUAACCCGCCUGCUGCAGGAUUCCCUAGGAGGCACUGCCCACAGUGUAAUGAUAGCCAACAUCGCUCCAGAAUACAAACACUACUUUAACACCCUCACUGCCCUCAACUUUGCUGCCAAAUCCAAGCUGGUGGUCAACCGUCCCUUCACACAGGAAACCAUCCAGCCGAUAGGCAUUUGCCAUCUGAAGCGUUCCAAUGAGGGAGUUUCCUCAAGUUCACAGCAUCCAGCCAAGAGAAUGAAAUCAGCAGAGUCGGAGAGUGCUGAAGACUCAGAGGAGCUGAUUCUGAGCCCUCUCCUGAAGGCGGGAGAGUACGACCCAGACGCCUUUGACUCGGAUAUGUUGGAACGAAUUUCCAAUCUGGAAAAGAUGCUGCAGAAACAUGGGAAGAAUGGCCUUCCUUUGCUGGGUACUCCCAAAGAGGAGCAUCUACAGCUCCUGAAAAAGCUGGAAGAAAGUAGACUUCAAAUAGAGAAACUGGAGCAGAGGCAGAAGCAGCUGGAAAGAGCAAUCAGUUUGCAGGAAACUGCCGCAGAACAGGCCAUGAACAAUAAUCGUUUGGGAGUCUUGCGCAGAGCCUCGGUGGCAAAGCAGAGAAAACAGGCUGUUGUGACCCCGCUGCAGUGUCUGGAUAACGGCGAGCUGCUCAAAACAGGCAACGUGCUUGUAUUGAAGAGGAAAGAGAAACAGGAAAUGAAGAUUGAGGAUCUGGAGAAGAUUGGGAUGUCAUCGAGAACAGUGUCCACUUUCAUGAAGGCCAAUGUGGUGAGCUGUAUGGUGAAGUGAAUGCCUGGUGUGGGCGAAGGAUCCCAACCUCCUCCAAUGCUGAUCUUAACAUCUUUUACCUUUGCUGUACAUUCCAGAGUCUGGUGUGAAAACAGAAGCCUUCAGUGUGUGUCUUCUACCUGUUCCCACACCAAGCACCAAGACUGUAAUUAUGACAAGGAACUUGUGACUGAGAAAGUGAUUAAUAACUGUCAAGUGCAUCCAGUCUGGAGAUUGCUUUGUGCAGGGAAUGAGCAGGAGUCAUGGGCCCUGCUGUUACUUUUCAGUUUAAACUUUCCUCCAGGCCCUUAGCAAUCCACGCUUUACAGCAAGUUUCUCUUUUUUUAUAUAAGGACAUAGAAAGUGGCUGUACAUGGAACUGUCUCUAUCUUAGCCCAUGUGUCACUGCUGUUGCAUUUUAACCACUUCUGUAUUUUAAAUAAAGGGCCAGUGAAAUUUGUCUCCACAA